CCAAUCGUGACGCAAUCUUGUCAAAUAUAUACAUGUUGUUAAUAAAAGAAAAAUGAUAGUUUCUCAAGUAGCGGGCAGGUUUUUUACUUCUAUGCGAUCUAUUAGAAGGUCACAGGUAUUGAUACGAUCGCAUUUUACCUAUUAUCCUUCUUCAUUGGGAACUGGUAAAAAAAUGAAUAUGUUCAACGCUAUAAAUAAUGCUAUGGAUUUGGCGCUAUCCGAUGACAAAUCAACAUUAUUGUUCGGUGAGGAUGUGGGAUUUGGUGGAGUUUUUCGGUGUUCAAUUAACCUACGAGAUAAGUAUGGAAGUCACCGCGUCUUCAAUUCUCCUCUAUGUGAGCAGGGAAUCGCAGGCUUUGCGAUUGGUGUGGCAAAUACUGGAGCUACCGCAAUUGCCGAAAUUCAAUUUGCGGACUAUAUAUUUCCGAGCUUUGACCAGAUAGUAAAUGAAGCUGCCAAAUUUCGAUACCGAAGUGGAGGGCUCUUUGACUGUGGAUCGUUAACAUUUAGAGUUCCUUGUGGUGCUGUCGGUCACGGAGCACUCUACCAUUCUCAAAGUCCAGAAUCAUACUUUGCUCACACCCCGGGCCUUCGUGUUGUGAUUCCUCGUGGACCCAUAAAGGCAAAAGGUCUUCUACUUGCAUGUGUUCGUGAUCCAAACCCUUGCAUAGUUUUUGAGCCUAAAACUUUGUAUCGAGCAGCUGUUGAGGAAGUACCAACGGAAUACUAUACAUCGGAACUCGGCAAAGCUGACAUACUUCGGGUUGGAAAAGAUGUCACACUAAUUGGCUGGGGUACACAAGUCCAUGUUUUAUUAGAAGUUGCUGAAUUGGCCAAAAUACACUUGAAUGUCGAUUGCGAAGUAAUCGAUUUGGUAUCUAUUUUACCAUGGGACACAACCUUAAUUUGUACCUCUGCUCAAAAAACAGGAAAAGUUAUAAUUGCUCAUGAAGCUCCAUUUACUCAGGGAUUCGGCUCAGAACUAGCAUCAUACAUCCAAGAAAAAUGUUUUUUUCACCUAGAAGCACCCGUGAAGCGGGUUACUGGGUGGGAUACACCGUUUCCACAUGUCUUUGAGCCUUUUUAUUUGCCUGAUAAACACCGAUGCUUGUCAGCUAUACAAGAAAUUGUUAACUUUUAACACCCAUGUGGCCCAUUUGUCUUUAUGUAAUGAAGGAAUAUGAAGAUGAAUAAAUGCAUUUAUUUACAAAAUA